UACCUAGAUAGUACACCGAGAUAGAUCUUAAUGGGAUUGUUGGCCUAUUUCAAAAAACCCGGAGAAAUGGUUCUGAUAACAAAUGAGAGGAUGAAUGAGAUGAUGGAAGAAAGGAUGGAUACAGAGAGAACAGAUGAAAGGUUGGAUACGAUUUCAUCACUCCAGAAGGGGGAAAAGAAGUGCAAUAAUGAAACUACAGGAAGGAAAGGAAGUGCUGGGAACAAGUGGUCAAUUAGACGUGAAAGUGUACCUGGAGAAGGACGGGUUCGGUGUACAUCCAUCUCCAUGAAGACGUAUAAACCUCAUCUGAUCUGUGAGACGAGAAGGAAGGUUGAAGAUCUGUGUAGAGAUCUUGUAGUAAACAAUGAUCAUAUUCAUCUUGUAGAGAUGAGGCUCAGGGAUUCUAUUUCUAAGGGGUUAGAUAAAGAACAUCAUGAUCAGUCUAGUGUAAAGUGCUAUCCAACCUAUGUACGUAAACUCCCAACAGGAAGAGAGAAGGGACGGUUCCUGGCUCUGGAUCUAGGAGGAACAAAUUUCAGGGUUCUACUCAUUAAUAUCAGUGAAGGAUAUUUCCUGAUGGAGUCUGAGAUCUAUUCUAUCUCUGAGGAACUGAUGCUGGGGAAAGGAGAUAAUCUCUUCGAUCAUAUCGCCAGCUGUCUCGCCGGGUUUAUCGUUCAAUACAACCUUGGAGACCUAACUCUUCCUCUCGGCUUCACCUUUAGUUUUCCUCUUAUCCAGGACGGAUUAGCUCAAGGUCGUCUGGCUCAGUGGACGAAAGGGUUUAAGUGUGCUGGUGUUGAAGGAGAGGAUGUUGUUCAUCUUCUUAAAGAAGCAAUUUCUCGUAGAGGCGAUCUAAAAAUUGAUGUUUGCGCAAUACUGAAUGAUACAACCGGAACCUUGAUGUCGUGUGGUUGGAAGGAACCAAAAUGUCGUAUUGGACUUAUCCUAGGAACUGGAACUAACGCCUGCUAUCUGGAGAAAGAAUCCAAGGUUGGAACCUUAAACCAUGACCCGGAGCAAGGUUCAGGUUCAGACAUCAUCAUAAAUACAGAGUGGGGAGCGUUCGGAGAUUACGGAGAGUUGGAUUUCAUCCGAACCAAAUGGGAUGAGGAGAUAGAUGAACAAUCCUUGAAUCCGGGAAAACAGAUUUUUGAGAAAAUGAUCAGUGGUAUGUAUAUGGGAGAGCUAGUGAGACUAGUCCUAGAAGAUAUGAUCGAGGAAGGAUUAAUAUUUACAAACCAGGAUACUUCUGUUCUUAGUCAGAAGGGAGCUUUUCCAACCAGGUUUCUGUCUCAGAUUGAAGCUGACGCUGUUGGGCAUUAUGACAGAGGUCGCGAGGUUGUUGGUGAACUAGGAUUGUCUGAUGUAUGUGAGGCUGAUCUAUCAGCUCUACGAUAUAUCUGUGAGUGCGUGUCUAGACGAGCCGGGUUUAUGUGCGCAGCAGGGCUCACGGCGCUUAUUAAAAAGAUGGAUUACAAGGAAGUGGUGGUAGCAGUAGACGGCUCACUUUUCCGAUAUCAUCCUCACUUUAGAAAUGUGAUGAAGUCUCGAGUUGCUCAGCUCAUGGGGAUAGAUUACAAGUUCGAUAUCAUGAUGUCUGAGGACGGAUCAGGACGGGGAGCUGCUCUAGUAGCAGCUGUUCUCAAGGGUGGAGACAUUCAACCUGAACCUGUCAACCAGAAAGGAGACCUUUGCUCUAUAAUGUAAAUAAAGAUUAGAAAAAGAUCAGUCCCCUUCGGUUUAUUUAUAAAUUUACUUACUUAUUUGUAUCAUGCUUUAUUCAUUGAAUUUUUUAUAUCACGACUUUUAAAAAGAUUUUAAUACAUUGUAGAUAAACUUCAGCUACUUAUUUUAUGAUAAUUUCUUUAAGAAAGUUUUGCUAAAUAUGUUUGAUGUGCUAUGGACCUAGAUUAAUCUUUAUAUAUUGAACAGAUUUAUCUGACCAUGUACAAAUAUGUUUGUAAUCAAUAAUUAGCUGUAAAUAAACAAAUAUUUUAUCUUUUA